AUGUCUGCAUCUGUUCGUCCUACACUCCCCCCACUUCAUACACUUAAUCUUCCUCGUGGAGAGAUUGUACACCCCCGCAUCGAUGCAAAAUCGAAACCCCAGAACCGUCGGGUUUCUAUUUCAUCUUCAGCGUCUUCUCGUACUCCUUCUCCCACCCCUUCGCCCCCCUCAUCUUCGCGUUCCUCUAUUUUCGGAAGUCAACCCGUUAAAUUUCGUAUUGUACCCACCACUUUUGAGCAUGCCAACGCAAUGAUUGUCAUUCCUGAUCCCGAUGCUCCACACGUGCACCCCCUCUCCGGUGCAGUCCUCGAGCAACCUGCACCGAACCUUUUUCUGGUCGGGCCUGCCUUUCAAUGCGUGCGUCAGCUACAACGACAAAUAGCCAAGGGGAUUCGUGAUGUGGAUGUCCUUUUUGGUCCAGAGAGUAGUAUCUCCCCUGACGACGUUGCUACCGAAUUUCUGGCUCCCGAUGAGUUUCACUAA